AGGUUGGGAAGCUCAGCCAGGCCAGCCAUGCCCUCCUCGCAGCGCCGGCUCAAGGCAGCCGACCGACUCAAUGGUUAGGCCUGGGGGUAUCUGCCCUGCUGCAGGUCCCUGGAAGGCAGCUUGCAGCAUCACAGACAUUCACAGCAUGCCUUAUUUUCCAAGACUCAUUUUGUUCUUGUUUUGCUUGAUGGUUCUCGUGGAGAGCAGAAAGCCCAAGAGGAGGAGAGGGACAGGGCCGCUGGAAACCAAGCCAAGUCACCUGUAUAAGAAGAACCCCGAUAUGACCAAAAUCCGACAUGGAAAACCUCAGCCGCUUCUCAGAGUGGAUGACCAUGAUUUCACCAUGAGGCCUGCCUUUGGAGGCCCUGCCAUCCCAGUGGGCGUGGACGUGCAGGUGGAGAGCCUGGACAGCAUCUCCGAGGUGGACAUGGACUUCACCAUGACCUUGUACCUGCGGCAUUACUGGAAGGAUGAGCGGCUGGCUUUCCCCAGCGCCAGCAACAAGAGUAUGACCUUCGAUGGCCGGCUGGUGAAGAAGAUCUGGGUCCCCGAUGUGUUCUUUGUUCACUCCAAAAGGUCGUUCAUCCAUGACACCACCACAGACAACAUCAUGCUGAGAGUGUUCCCUGAUGGGCAGGUGCUGUAUAGCAUGAGGAUUACGGUCACUGCCAUGUGCAACAUGGAUUUCAGCCACUUUCCCCUGGAUUCUCAGACCUGUUCUUUGGAGCUGGAAAGCUAUGCAUAUACAGAUGAAGAUCUGAUGCUGUAUUGGAAGAAUGGGGACGAAUCCCUGAAAACGGAUGAAAAGAUCUCCCUAUCUCAGUUUCUGAUUCAGAAAUUCCACACCACUUCCAGACUGGCCUUCUACAGCAGCACAGGCUGGUACAACCGUCUGUACAUCAACUUCACGCUGCGUCGCCACAUCUUCUUCUUCUUGCUGCAAACCUACUUUCCCGCCACCCUGAUGGUCAUGCUGUCCUGGGUGUCCUUCUGGAUCGACCGCAGAGCCGUGCCCGCCAGAGUCUCACUGGGGAUCACCACAGUGCUGACCAUGUCCACCAUCAUCACGGGCGUGAACGCCUCCAUGCCCCGCGUGUCCUACAUCAAGGCCGUGGACAUCUACCUCUGGGUCAGCUUCGUGUUCGUGUUCCUCUCGGUGCUGGAGUACGCGGCCGUCAACUACCUGACCACCGUGCAGGAGCGGAAGGAGCGGAAGCUGCAGGAGAAGUUCCCAUGCAUGUGUGGAAUGCUUCACUCAAGAACCAUGAUGCUAGAUGGAAGCUACAGUGAGUCUGAGGCCAACAGCCUAGCUGGGUACCCAAGAAGCCAUAUUCUGCCAGAAGAAGAAAGACAAGACAAAAUAGUGGUCCACCUGGCCCUGAGCAAUGAAUCCAGCUCCUCCAGGAAGAAGGGGCUUCUGAAGGGCCAGGUGGGUCUUCGCAUCUUCCAGAACACCCAUGCCAUCGACAAAUACUCCCGGUUGAUAUUCCCAGCUUCCUACAUAUUUUUCAACUUGAUUUAUUGGUCAGUGUUUGCCUAGGGACUCCGAGGCUGUGCCUGGCGAAGGUAACUUCUAAACCCUUAGACUGUCCUGCCUGAUAUGGACAUCUAUGGGGUCUGGCCGGCUGUCCCCUCACAGACAGAGCAGCAGCUUCUGGACCACCUUGAGCAGAAUCCUGGCCCCUGGAGGACCCCAGGAGCCCUCCAGCUGCCCUUCCCCAGACCUCGUGGGCUUGCUCGUCUUUCCUGCUGUGCUGUGUCCCACUUCUUGCCUCUCUGGGACUGUCUUCUUCUGUUCUUGUGUGUGAACAGUUUCAUGAGGGCCCCCUUCCAAUAAAGAAAAGGCUCAAAUGCCUUCCAGAUAAAUAUUCGGAGACCCUUAUAAGGCCUAGGAUUCUGUUAUAGAGGAAAGGGGAAAAUGAAAGGCAAGCUUAGGGGCCUUCUUGACAGGAGACAGGAAAUGAGGAUUCAAAAUGGAAAUGAAAAAAUCUGUAAACUCUACACCUGGAUUAAGUGCCUAUCUAGGAAAGAAGAAAAAGGAAAACUCAGAUCCCAGACAGGAAAUGAUUUGACCUGAGUGAGUCUGGCAACUCCCAUGAUUUUGCAGUAUUAAGGAACAUCAUUCUUUCAUCCAUCCAUUCAGCCACUCAUUAAGUAUUGAAUACCUAGCCUGUGCCAACGCUUAUUUUUCUCAGCAAUAUGUGACAAUAUACACUGAAUAUUGCCUACCAGGGAGACUCUGCCCAAACUCAUCAGGAUGCAGAGUUUUUUGAGGGGGCUGGCCAUCUGGAUACAGCUGACUCCCUAUAUGGUUGACCUUAUAGGUUCUCCCAUUCCUCCAGAGGCUGAGUUGAUAACCCUCAGCCCAAGACCCCAUCAUAAGUCAAACUGUUAGCCUAGACCAUCUGGCAUGGCUAUAGGCCCCCAGGUGAACAAAGACCCUCCUAUCAGGUAGGACAAUUCAGGGGUCUAGAAGUUACCUCCCAAGAGCUGGAGGCCAAGGCCCAAAUCUGUCUUUUGGUAAUCCUGUACUACACAAUAAUCCUUGUCAAUUCCUCAUUGUUAAUGUGGAUAACUCUGCUUCCAGUCAUUAGAAGAUUCAUGUAACAGACAUUUAAAAACAUCCCUACAGUAGAUAUUGGGCUCUCCUCGUGGCUCAAAUGGUAAAGACUCUGCUUGCAAUGCAGGAGACCUGGGUUUUAUCUCUGGGUUGGAAAGAUCCCCUGGAGAAGGGAAUGGCAACCCACUCUAGUAUUCUUGCCUGGAGAAUUCCAUGGACAGAGGAGCUUGAUGGGCUAUAGUCCAUGGGGUCGCAAAGAAUUGGACACAACCGAGUGUCUAACACUUUCACUUUUUUUCACUACACUAGACAUAGUGGGGUCCAAAGUAAGAAGACAUAAUUAUAUUCUCACACAGCCCUCAGAGAAAGGACUGGUCAAGGAUGUGAUAUAUGACUAUGUAUACAUUAAAAAUGUUACACGCAACAAAAAUGGUUCAAUGUGUAAUGGAAAUUCUGAGGAAGGAAUGAUUUCCAGUGGAAGGCUGAAUCCCGUGGAGAUAACAGCUUCUGAGCUGUUCCCUGAAGGUUGGGGAUCUGGAGAAGAAAUGUUCAUGCCAAGUGCACAUGUAGAAAGUACAUGCUAAACGUGGGCUUUCCAGUAUGGUAGCCACUGGCCAUGAAUUUAAAUUUAAGUUAAUUAAAGUUUAAAAAAACCUGAGUUCUUGCCACACGGCUUUAGCCACAUUUCAAGUACUCUACUCAAUAGCCAUAUGUGGCCAGUGGCUGCUGUAUUGGAUAGUGCAGAGUUAUAAAACAUUUCCACAGUCACAGAAAGUCUUAUUAGUGCUGCUGUGGAUGGAAGGACUGGCCUGAGCAAAAAGCUUGAGAGAGGCAGAAUAGUUUGGGAUCACAGAGUGUAGAGUUUGUGGGGCAAGUCAUCUUUUUUUUUUUGCUGGAUCCUAGUUUGCAGGAAGAGGUGAGAGACGUGCUAUUUCUGCAACACUCGAAGUCAUGGCAGGUCCCCCAACCUCUCCCCACCCACCCAUGCUGAUGGAGACAGAGUCCCCUCCAUGUAGUUGCCUGGCCCAAGACCAGUGGCUCUCCCAGCCUUGUAAACAAAUGAAGAAUGAAGGUGCAUAAAGAAGGAAAUUGCAUGGUACAGGGCAUCUGGAAAUGUUCAGAAACGUUUACUCUCUGGAGACUCUCUAGGCCACACUGCUGCUC